CCCGAUAUCUGGGAGAAAAACCCUCCAAUCCACUAUGGAGUAAACAAUUUGAUGAAGAACAAUGUAUUUUACAAGCUUUCAAUCACCAUGAAAGCUCCCACCCCAAACUCACCCUCUCAAACACUCAAACUCUAAGUGUUUGGGUAUUUCAUGAGGUUUUUUCUCUCUACAUAUUUCCUCUCAUCCUAUUACUCUCUACAAUGACAAAAUAAGAAUAUAUAUAGUGCUAGAAGAUCAACGGCUAAGAUUACAUACCGAACGAAAUAAAAGAAAUCACACGCUGAAACAGGGGUUUGAUGGUUCGACUGUAUCUACCCAGAGUUCAAUCGAACUUGGUGUGGUUCGGUCGCACUUCUUCCUUGGUCCAACCAAACCUCCUCUAGGAAUCAAAGAGCUACAUAGUCUGCCUCAAAUGCUUAGAAGCAACUAGGUUCGACCCAACUUUUCAACAGUUCAAUUGAACUACCGCACUGCGUGGACAACUAUUCUUAAAACAGUCAUAACUCCCUCGAUUCUAAACCAAAUCAAGCUUAUGACCAGCUGUUGAAAAACUCUUGAGACGAGCUAUCACAUCCAACUUGAAUCAUCUCAAUAUCAUUCCUAGAUUUUGAGAUAUGCUCAUUUGAAGUCAGCCCUCUCCAUCCACUAUUGCUUAACACCAAGCAAUAGUACAUAGCUUAAACUCCUAAGCUAUGCAUCCCCUUAGCCUUCUUGAACUAUUCUCCACACUUCUCAAACCCAACAAAAGCUAUGAAUCAAGUAAAUUUAGUUAGAGGAAGUAUAUUUUUCUUAUGGUUGUUUAUUAAAUUUGACGGUGAAGCUUCCGGAGAUGGUGGUGUUGGUGUUGUUGGACAUGAUGUUUGUUAUGGUGUUGGGGUUCGUCUGCCAUUGAUGAUGAAAAAAUUUGCCAUUAUUUACCAUAUUUGCCAUUUUGAUAAACAUUAAACAUUAAAUGCAAAUAUGAGAAACAUAAAUGCAUAUAUGAGAAACAUAAAUGCAAAUACGUUCUCUUCUACUCGAACUUAAAAUACUAUACUCCUAAAAAAAUGCUACGCAGUAGAUUAUCUUCCAAAGAAAUAUAGUGUGCCAAAUUGCGAAUCCAUCAGACAGAUACCAAACUUUAAAUGCCAAUAACUUCAACUUUUCCCUCAACUUUGAAUUACUCUCUUCUUUAGCUCACUUUCUCUCUCUUAAAAAAAAACCUUUUCACGUAAAUCCUGGCAUGGGGCACUGUUUCAGCAAGAAGACUACUUCACUGGCAGUCAACGACGCCAUUGAAGCCCCAACUCCGGCGAGUGUACAAACGACGCCGUUCCCUAGCCCUUUACCCGCCGGGAUAAGUCCUUCUCCGGCGAGAACACCGGGAAGGAGAAUAAUGAAAUGGCCCUUUCCGCCGCCGUCCCCGGCGAAGCCUAUAAUGGCGGCGUUUCGGCGGCGGAGGAAGGAGUGUGGUGGGAUUACGCCGGAGAGGACGGUGGAGCAAGAAAGAGAGAGGGGUUUAGACAAGAAUUUUGGGUAUUCCAAGAAUUUUGGGGCAAAGUAUGAAUUAGGGGAGGAAGUGGGUCGAGGGCAUUUUGGUCAUACUUGUUGGGCAAAGGGUAAAAAAGGGGAUGUUAAAGGUGUUUCUGUUGCUGUCAAGAUUAUUUCUAAAUCUAAGAUGAAUUCAGCAGUUGCAAUUGAAGAUGUCCGCAGGGAAGUGAAAAUGUUGAAAGCAUUGUCUGGCAACCCGCAUAUGCUCAAAUUUUAUGAUGCAUUUGAGGAUGCUAACACCGUCUACCUAGUAAUGGAAUUGUGUGAAGGUGCUGAGCUAUUAGAUAGAAUUUUGCAAAGAGGUGGGAGAUAUGUCGAGGAAGAUUCCAAGGGAAUUGUAGUGCAAAUAUUAUCCGCAGUUGCAUUUUGCCAUCUUCAGGGUGUUGUGCACCGUGAUCUAAAACCAGAGAAUUUUCUAUUUGCUACAAAGGAUGAUGAUUCGUGCUUGAAGGUUAUAGAUUUUGGUCUUUCUGAUUAUGUUAGGCCAGAUCAAUGGCUUAAUGAUGUAGUUGGAAGUGCUUUUUAUGUUGCACCUGAAGUGCUGCAUGGAUCAUAUAACACUGAAGCAGAUAUGUGGAGCAUUGGUGUCAUAACGUACAUCUUGUUAUGUGGAAGCAGACCUUUUUACGCAAAAACUGAAUCAGCAACAUUCUGUUCUGUGUUAAGGGCUAAUCCUAAUUUUGAAGAUAUACCUUGGCCCAAUAUAUCAGCAGAGGGCAAAAAUUUUGUCAAAAGGCUACUGAACAAGGAUCCUAGAAAAAGGAUGACGGCAGCACAAGCACUAGCUCAUCCAUGGUUAAGAGAUGAAAACAGAUCACCUCUUCCUUUAGAUAUACUCCCGAUCAAGCUAGUUAGGUCAUAUGUGCGGGCCACCCCUCUCAAACGAGCAGCUCUAAAGGCUCUUUCAAAAGCUCUGACAGAUAAUGAGCUCUUUUACCUCAAAGCACAGUUUAGGCUCCUAGAGCCAAAAGAUGGGUGUGUCUCUCUUGAGAAUUUUAAAGCGGCCCUCGCGAAAAAUGCAACUGAUGCCAUGAAAGACGCCAGGAUUCCUGAUUUUUUUACUAUUGUAAGACACUUUUUAAUGUUGAUGGAACCAUUUUCUUCCAAGAAGAUAGAUUUUGAAGAGUUUUGUGCUGCGGUAAUUAGUGUAUAUCAACUUGAGGCUCUUCAAGAUUGGGAUAGAAUUGCCACCGUGGCAUUUCAGUAUUUUGAGCAGGAAGGUAACCGGAGGAUCUCAGUUGAGCACUUUGCAAGGGAAUUGAACUUGGGCCCGACAGCUCAUGCUUUAGUCAAGGAUUGGAUACGCAGCUCUGAUGGAAACAUUAAUUUUAUGGGUUACACCAACUUCUUGCACGGUGUUACAAUACGGGGCUUCAAUACAAGACGGCAGUAGCUCUUUGAGUAGUCUACUAGCAGGGCAUGCAUUUUGUACCAUCACAAAUGAAAUUCCUUUUGAAAACUAAUACUGAUUAUCGUUGAUUUGGAGUGAUGGGGUUAUGGAAACCCCUUGGUGGGGAGCAAUCGCGCUCCCCCACCUCUACCCCCCAAAAUUUUGUAAAUUUUCAAUAUUGACAACGUUAAAAAAUCUGACUGUAAAACAUUCAGCUGUUUAAUAUAGCCUGGAAGGAUAUUAGUUGUUGCAGACUUGCAGCAUAGAAGAUUAGAAUCUGAUGCUUGAAGGCUUUCUGUAAAACUCAGAAUGUUUCAUACUUCGAGUUAGCUUUUGUAGUCUCCCCUGUAAGCAAAUGAUGGUUGUAAUAUUGUAUGAGAAGCCGCUUCAAUAUCAGUGUUACUUGGCCUGUAUGGCUGUAUCAGUUUAUGCUUAUGUUCAAUUGUUCAGUGGCUUCUGCUAAUGAAGUUGAUAUCCUUGUAGGCCUUGGACGAAUUUUGCGAG